GCGAGAAAACUGAGAUGGAGAAGUGGAAGUGAGAAAAAGAGACGUCACGUCACUCGUCAGACCAAAACAACCAACAUCUGGAUCAAAUGUGACAGAGAAUCGCAACGUGGUCGCUGUUUUCAUCAGUGAAUUCGGCAAACGCAGGCCGAACAGCAUUCCUCAUACAAUUCGGACCGACUUGCAUUAAAAAUGUCUUUCCGAUUCCACAUGAAACCCGUCCUGGCCAAGCCAAAACCCGCGGUCAAACCGCGAACUCCUGCUGACAAGCCAGCAGGCAAAGGGCCUGUCAAGAGCGUUCCAGCCGAGCAAAAGUCGACCAACCCGCCGACAGACGAGGACACUCCUUCUGCAGUCGCACCUCCACCUUCGACUGCACCUGCCGAGAAUGCAAUCCCUGUCGAGCAAGCGGCUCCUUCGCCCAGCAGGACACGAACCCUGUCUUACAGGUCUCAGGAUGAGUCGGCCAGCUCGGCGGACGAGUCGCGAAAAUCCAAGGUGGUGCCUCGUUUCGCCAAGGCCAGGAUGAAGCCUAAUAUUCCUGGGGUCAGGAAGACCCCGGUAAAAGUUAUGCCUCCAGAAUUGGCACCACAGAGCAUUGGUAAAAAUAUUGCUGCUGUUGCUGCCCCGACUGUAGCUGAAAUCGUAGAGGCCAGGGUUGUGAGGCAAAGCAUGCAAACUCCGAUCCAAACGAGAGUGGGACCUGACUUCAAACCUUCGCCACAUCUCGUCCCUGCAGCUCCAAAUUGCGUACCAUCCAAUGUUGAGAUUUCUUCAUCGGAAGAUGAAGGGGUCAUAGACCCCUACAAUCCUGACCAUCCUUUGGGACACAGAGAGAACCCUGAGAAAUGCAGAGGAACUAAAAGCCCUUGGAUAAUGAAGAAAUUUAGAAGCGGAGUUCCAACAGCCAUGAUAGAUUACUUAUUUUACAAUCCAAAGAGCAACCCCAUGGUUCAUGACGACGAUAAAGUUUUGGCUCCCGAGGAUAAAGAAAUCCACCAAGAGGAUGUUGAUGAUCCCGAACUGGAGUUGGAAAAUGAGCCUCGGGUUGCUGCUCCACAACUGAAAAUUGGGCCUGAUGGAAAAUUCAUCUUGGAUGACGCAAGCCUUGUGGUUGAAACAACUGCUGCCAGAGAGGGUAGAAAAGCAAUGCAGACUGGCAUCUCCUUGGGCCUUAGCAAAAGAAGGUCGAACAGGUCAACAUGGACCGAUGAAGAAACUCUUUUCUUCUACAAAUGCCUCAACAGUGUUGGAACUGACUUUGCCGUGAUGGCAAAAUUCUUCCCAAGCAGGACUAGACAUCAAAUUAAACUCAAAUUCAAACUUGAAGAGAAAAGAAACCCUACUUUGGUUGAUAAAGCGCUAGGCACAAAUGCAAAGUUUGACGUUUCAGAAUUGGAAACCGAAUAUUUGGAGGUAAGUGAAAAUGCAGCCAAACAGAAAGCACAGAAACGGAAACCCAAAGAGCCAAAGCCCAAAGAAAAGAAAAUUGGCAAGAAAAGAGUCAGAUCAAGGAAAAGGAGUGAUUAUUACUAUGAAAAUGGAAGUGCGAGUGACGAGGAAAGCUCGUCUGACGACGAAAAUGAUGCCAAUCUGAGGAGAGAAAUGAAUAUUGGAAUGCUUGAAGACCAAGCAGCUAAGAAAGCAAAGAAACCCAAAGCUCAGCAGAAAAAUCCCUCGGGUGAUGGAAAGUCUGGAGGACCUCGAUUUGCAUUUCUGGAGGUUGUGCCAAACACAAGUGCGGUGGUGCCCAGAGCACUUAACCCUAAUGCUCUCUCUGGUAGUCAGGUCAACCAACUCAUUGGCCAGAGGCUAGACAAAGAUCAGUUGCGUUAUGGAAACUCUGAAUUGGCGUUCUUGCUAAAUUCGCCGACAAUCAGAGAAAAAGAGAAUGAGAAGAAAAAGUUGUCACCUCAGAAAACGUCUGUUGCGAGAAGAAUAGUUCUAGGUGAUUCCUCAGAAACUGUUGGUCUAUCACCAGUGCAAAAUGAAAAUACUGAAAGUCAGCAAUCAAGUACAGAAGCGGGUGAAUUGCCUGCUAGAUCAUCUGAUCACUUAACUGUACAACAAGUGUUAAAAGCUAUGGUGAAUAGACGAAUGGAGGAAAGUGAGCAAGCAGCUGAAACUGAAGAAGUACAAACUUCCACUAUCAAUCAAGAGGCCUUAAGUGAAAAUGAGGAGGAGAAUAGCGUAGACGAUGAUGAAAUGGAGUGCAUUGCCCAGUCGUUUUCCAAACCCACUAAGUCAGGGCGAGUGCCCAAAUUAAGAAACUUGAGGAGUUCAACUGAAGAGGUGGAGCCUAAGCCAAAGAAACCUCGGAAAACACCCAUUAAAACCAGGAAACCCCUAAGGGGCCGGUCUAAAUCCACAGAGACUCCAGUAGCCGAGGUAGAACCUAAAGGAACUGAACCUGAACAUCAAGAAGAGGCAGAAGAAAUGUUAGUUGACCCACAAAAUAUUCAAAGCCUGAUUGCCAAUGUUGAGCCUGGCUCACUUCUUGUCAUCAAAACUGCAGUGCCAAAUGAUCCAACAAAGGAAGUUGUCCAAGUGUUCAUGGUUCCCCCUGCAAACCAUAGUGGUACAACUGUCGUCCAUAACCCUGAUGGCUCUGUCAGCCAAGUGACUGUGGGUGGAACUAAUGUGCCUCUGGUGUCUGGCACGAUGAUAAGCCCUAGGUCUUUGGUCCCGAUUAUUGCAGCCACAAGUGGGUCAGCAGUUGUCCAAAAUAUACCCAAUGAGAUGCAAAAUGACCCUGAAAAUGCUGGAUCUGACCUCUAAAGACUUAAAAUGUAUCUCAAAGAUAAUAAUAAUAAUUAAUCUCACUCAACCUGAAGCCCUAAUCCAUCGAAUGUCAAGUUCCUUUAUCUAAUUAAAAUGGUUUGCUUUUGUUAUUCUUUUGUUACAAUAAAGAAACAAAAUAAUUUCUGCUUUA